GUUACGUUCUUCACAGAGUUCCAGUGUUAAAGAGCAUCGUUGAAAAGUAAAAAAUGUCGCAGUUGUUGAAUAAAGCGAAGAACUUCGUGUCGGAGAAGGUAAACGAGAUGGCGAAGCCGGAGGCGAGUGUGAACGACGUGGACUUCAAGCGCGUGAGCAAAGAUAGUAUGGAGUAUUUGGUGAAGGUCGCUGUUCGUAACCCUUAUUCAACUCCCAUACCCAUAUGUGAGAUCAGCUACUCUUUCAAAAGCGCGUCCAGGGAGAUAGCAUCAGGAACAAUUCCAGACCCAGGAUCUUUGAAGGCAAAGGACACGACCAUGGUGGAUGUGCCAGUUAAGGUUCCUUACAGCAUAUUAAUGUCCUUAGCAAGGGACAUUGGUGCUGACUGGGACAUCGAUUACCAACUGGAUCUUCGUCUCGUUAUCGACCUUCCUGUCAUUGGCAACUUCACCAUUCCUCUCUCUCACAACGGAGAGAUCAAGCUUCCAACCCUCUCUACCAUGUUUGCCUAAGCCUUCUUCCAUCACCAUCGUUUCUUUUCCCUUUUAUAUGUAUCUUUCAACCUUUCUGCAUCUUCUCAUACUAUAUAUGUACAUGCUCUUAUAAUAAAACCACUCUUCAUAUAUAUUUGGUUGUGAA